CCCUAUGUCUCCCCUCCUCUCUUCCCAUGCCCGGAGCGAGGCUACAGUAGCUAGCUGAUGCUCUUCCCUGUGCUGUGGGGCCCACUCCCUGACACGGCCCCUUCCGUCGUCCCUGUACUAGAGAGCUCAGCUCAUCCUUCAAUUCGAGCCUUCCUCAACGCCGGUGUCUCGCGGAGCCGAGAGGCGCGAGAGCUCUCGAUGAAUUCGUCUCUUUCUCGCUAUAAAUACUGAAGGGCUACCUACUCUCGGUCGAUCGUCGUCCCCACUGAUCCACUCUCCUCUCUUCUCUUCAGACUUCUCUUCUCUUCUUCUCCCGUUUUGUCUGCCCCCCCUGCAUUACGCCAUAGCUGCCGGUGACAUGGAUCAGAAGGGGAGGAGGAGGCACGUCGUGCCGGCGUUCGGGGAGUGGAACUACUACUACCACCACCAGCAGUAUGACGACGAAAACCACCACCAGGCGCCGCCGGAGGUGAUGCGGUCGGCUCCCGCCGUCGCCGUGGCGGCGGCGGCGGCUGACGACGAGUGGUACGCGUACGGCGGGGGCGCGGCGGCGGAGGCGUGCAGCGACGUGUGGUUCAGGUACUCGCCGCCGCCGCGGAGGCCGACGCCCAAGAAGGCGAGGAGGCCGGAGGGGAGGGUGGCUCCCGAGAAGGCGGCGCCGUACGACGACGGCGGCGGCAAGGGGAGGCAGCAGCAACAGGCGGCGCGUGCUGCGAGGGCGUACCAUUCCGGCGGGGUGGCGGUGGCGCGCACGCCGGCGAGGGGCGGCGCCACCUGCAGGGUCGUGAAGCGGCCGGUCGACGCCGACCUGUACCAGGUGCCCCCGCCGGAGUUCGUCUCCCGCCGGCCAAGACGGAAGAGGGCCAUGAGUAGCUUGUGGAUGGGUUGCUUGGGCCUCAACUGCGUUGCAUGAGAAUGCGAUCGCCAUGAACAAACCAAGCUAACUUUAUGGACUAGUAUUUGUGUGUGACUCUGUUUAUCUCUCUCUCUCUACAGUAAGCUUGUAGGUGUAGCUAAGCUAUAGCUAGGAGACAGUUUAAGUUGUAAGGGCAGAUCUUGUCAUAGUAGUUUGCUACUUCUACUACUAUAAAUCUUUUAUAAAGUAUGAGACCAUUUUCUAUAUCUGUAGACCAA